AGGAGAAUGAAAUUUGACUGUGAUGUAACUAAAGCCUGUGGUGUAAAAGCCACAGCCAAAAAGGGGAAACCUUUUGGGUUACUCACACUGGAAAGUAGCUUUUUUUUUCUUAUGCAUCUCCUCAGUUGAAUUUCUUUGGAAAAGGAAACCUAAAGUACAACUAAAAACCUUUGCUGUACUAUUUUACACCAUAACUUUGCAAUGAUUUUGCCAGUCACGCUGCCUGAUAUUCUAAUCCUGGUCUUUAGAGCGUCAUACACUGACGUAAUGCAUUUGGAAGUAAAACGUUUCUGUAAGAUAAAAAUCUUAACCAAGAUAAAGGUACGGUUUUCACAACAGAGUUUCGCUGACUCCUUGUGCCACGCGUCAUCUGUGCACUUAACUUUAGGAGAAGCUAAUGACAUCACUUCAUUCACUUUAUCGAGCUGAAGAAAUACUAUGUUUUAAUGAGUAACAGAAAUAAUAGAAUAGAAAUGUCCCUAUUAGUAUUAGGCUAAAAUAUUUUUUAUUAGCAUUUAAGAACCGAGACAGAGAAAAGCAACCAAUACCAGAAUACUGUAUAUCUUAUUACAAUCUCCAUCUCAUUAUAAUAUUCUUAGAAUAUGAUGAGUAUUUUCCUGAACUUAAUGUACCGCAUUGAGUAAUGUCUCACUGUAUCUGUGUACGCAAGUUUCCGUUCAUAUCUGAGCCUCGCUACUCACAAGUCGCAACCCUGUCCUGGUGUGCUGCGAUAAGCACCAAUAAACAUCGGGACCGCCGUAAAACCGACUAAUAGGCAGCUGUGACACAGUUCUCAAGCGCUAAUUCACCUGACAGUCACUAGCGUGGGUUGGCCUCACACUUCCUUCACCCACAAAUUGCAGAGAAGUGUCAAGCCCCAGCCCCUAGCCCUGCACAAAUUCAAUUCUUCCAAACCACAACACUGACGGGUAGUCCUGCUCACCCAGAUUACUGUGAAAAGGCUCCGUGGCUGUACAGUGACAGUUUGUCAUUGAUGCCUCCAGAGCACAUCAGUCAUCUUGGUAGUGGUUCCUCUGAAGUGAACUGCUCACAUACCGCCACUGUGGUAAUGCAGAGCAAGUCAUAUUAAACCAGACUUUAAUCGCGUCGCAGAUUGAGUCGGCUUUUUGUUUAGUUCAGUAACACUUUGAUUCAUUCAACAAAACAACAACAUGAAACCCCUUAGCAUGCGGAGAUUAAAAGCCUUCGUAGGUAGAUCAAAGAUGCUGUCGCAUGACAUGGCCGUUUGAUCAGAUGAAGGCUGGAUUUCAUUAUCAUCAUAUGACACGUGGGCGGUGAAGAGCACACUGUGGAAUGUGCAUAGAUGAGCCAUUUACCUCAAAUACCCCACACAGUUAGACACCCCCAGUGAGUCAGCAUUGAUGCUGGGUCUGCCGGCAUCUGAUGGUGAUUGUUUUAACUGACAGUGAGGGGAUAGCAGGUGCUCGGGAGUGUGGUGUGGGGGGGCUGACAGUCUUGAUAUUACUGGUAGGUGAAGCCCUAUGCAUCAGUUCAGUAUGUCUCCUUCACAUACUAAGCAAGAUGACAUUUAAGUGUUGGUAUAAUGUUAAUUUCACUGAGAGGAACCGAUGAGAUCAGACUGUCCAGUGGUUUGAGCAGACGGCUGCACCGACGAAGGUUUGCACAAAGGUCAUCAUGUACCUGUGCUUGUAGACACGCAUGCACCCACACACAGAUACACAUCUAAUGCAACAACUUGUGAUCGAUUCCGUUUCCAGGGAACUAGCUUGUGGUUAAGACUAAAUCUAUCUUCCAUUAUCAUGCAUGUUGAGACAUUUAAUUCAGUGCUCACUUUUGUUUUCCUCCAUGCCUCCGUGCAUCUCAAAAAUUGGUUUGAGAAACCCCAACGCUUCUUAUGGCUGCCGGAAGCAAGUCUUUACAGAUGUCUAAGUGACAAACAAGCAUAGCUAGAUCACAUGUUGUUCCCUUUUAAUAUGUCACAGGUUCCCUUCGGUUUGGACAUGUCUGCUAAACUGCUUUUGGCUGUUUUAUAUUGAGAAAUGUGCAGCAUAAUCUGAUAAUAAAACUAGGCUUUCUAUUUUUAGGGUGAGUUGGACAAGUGGCCUCGUCUUUAAAUAACACUGGUCUUAACCAUCAACCACAACCACAGUAAUGUGCAAGUCCUUCCUACGCUCCCAGAAGAGAGUUGACCCAUCAUAGGACAUGGACACAGAACCUGUGGCUCUUUGGGUCUUGUAGUCUGACUUGUACUGGCAGAUCCUGCAGACUUCUUUUUUUUUUUUUUUUUUAAUGCUGCACAAGAAAAAGUAGACAGAUUAGACUAAUAUAUAUGAACAACCACUAACUGGUCAAUUGCAAUGGCCAUUAAACAUGCAUAAACAUGCAUAUGCUUGAAAGUGUUGUUGCUAUCAUGCUAUGUAAUGUCUGUGCACAGUUGUCUGUCAUGGCGUCAAGCUGCGAUACUGGACAGUGGUGACUUCAGAAUUAAAGGUCGGUGGAACCCAUGGUGGAAAGAGUCUUUCCAAGUCCACCUUACUGUAGAGUUUUGGAGAUAGGGUGUUGCCACCCCCAGAAGAAUACCAGGGUGACACAUCUGCAAAAUUAGCGCCAAUAGAAAUAAGAUGUACAUACUUGCUAGUUCAGUCUAACUGCCCCCUUUUAGCAGCACAGCAGGAACAUGUACAGACAUUGCAAUCGCAUGGGUCAUGGGUACGGUCCAUAACACUCUAAUAGUCUUUUCUCCUUUCUUCUCACAUGUGCACAUCAGUGACAAAUUAGAUAUUUCUGCCAAUGGUUUAUCACUCUGCCAGUGAUAACCAGGUGUUUAUAACAUGUUGAUUUAUGCAGCAAUGUGUGAACAACAGCUGGCAAAAAGAAGACCACAGGGUGACAAACAAGAAAGUUGGAUUUUAAAUGCUUAAAAUGACUUUGAAGUAUUUCACAAGUAGGUAAUGCAUAAUGUAGAAGUCAGGCUCCAUGGAAGAGGGCACAGUGGCACCUUCUCCAGGUGCUGCCUCUAUGUAGUUGUGGACUUUCUUGGUAAGAAAUUACAAAUGACAGCACAGAGGCUGGUGUUGACCAUUUUCUCACAGAUCUAACUUUUUCACUUACUAAAAACAGAAGUACGUUAUGCACAAUUAUCUCAAAAGCUGAGGAGCAUGUGCAUGUAACAGGGACUGUAUAUCUUUCCCUUCUACCUUAGGCCAAAAUCACCUCCCUCGUGUAUACGUGUAUUCUAACUUCUGUUUAUCCUGUUCCUACCAUGACCCUUGCACUGUGCUUUUUGGUGGACAGUGAGCUUUAAUUUGUUUACAAGAAAGACCCACAAUUAGUGGAUCCACUUUCUUUCUACUCAUGCAUGACCAUGACCUUUAAGACUUUGAAUCUGCACAGAUAUGAAAGAAGUGAAAAAAAAUCUUGUUCCCAGACUAAUAUGAUAACGCUCAGCAUUAAUCAUCACAGGCAUUAUUAAAACGGAACUUUUUAAUGUUCACAGUUUCAGUAAGCAUUGAGUGAACUUUGUAUGACUUAAAGUAAUAAUAUAUAAUAUUAUCAUAAGAGUUAAGAAUUUUGAUCAUGAACAUCAACAUUUUACUGUAACACCGUCCUGUUAUGUCAGUGUGCUUUUACCCUGUAAAUUUACGUGAUCCUACACACUUUCAUUUAAUCAAAAGCACACAGCCAUUUGUUGUCUGCAUGCAGGUUACGUGCUACCUUCCCAGCAACUGACACAAAUACUGCAGAGAGCAUGCCUGACAAGCCGUGUUUGGUGUGUAGUUUUUGUUUCAGUUUGUAAUGAACAUUGUUUUCUUUGUUCACUUGCAGCAGGCCUGGUUGUGCUAGAAGCUGCUUGUCCCUCCUGUAACGUCUCGCUCCUUAUUUGCCCAAUGCUCCGCCGUGUUCACGGUUAGUUUUUGGAUUAUUCACAAAUGGUUGCAUAUGUAUGCAAGGUACGCACUGCAUGGCAAGUUUUCUUAAAGAAGACAGUGCAACUAUUUUUCUGGGCCACAGAGGCAAAUGUGCCCACCACUAGACUAAACUCCCAGCCUAUCAGAGUCAUAGAUAUUUUCUCUAUGGUGCCGCAGUCAACGGCAGACCAUGUUUGAAGGGGAAAGCCCGUGAGGAGAGUUCUGCCAUGUGUCACCGGUACAACAUGCGUGUCUGCUCCAAACUGCCACACGCAACUGAGGAUUAAGAAAAUGCUUCUAAAUUAAAGCCACUGGAUUUGCAGUAAUUUAACGGCAAAAUAAGGCUGGGAAAGGAAAGCAACACGAUAAACUAAACCAUCAGGUUGUCACAAACUGACCUCACCUCUCUACAGUUGGUCUAUUUUUGCAGGUUGUCAUAUCGACAUUUGACAUAUCAAAAGGGCAAUGCAGAUAUUUCUAUUUCAAGCGUGCAGGUUUCAGUGAGGCCUAGCCCUACAUAUCAGUACCACUGGGCUUUGGUAUGUAUGUUUCCUGUCACAGAUCAGUGUCUUUGAAGUGGUUUUUGUUUCAGCGCUGAACGGUCUAUUAAUGUAGUGACCAGCAAAUGAUGCUGGAGGGCAGGAAAUCAUGUACAGCAUGUACAUGUGUACAGCAUCAUUAAGACACGCAAAUGUCCAUCUAACCGCUGCCCUCGUUUUUCUGCCUCUGCCUAUUUUCACACUUUAUUUUUAUUCUUUAAUCUUCCUCACGUAUAUUAUGUGCUUUGCAUGCAGCAGCAAUAUCCUGUAUUUUGUUUAGAAGACAACACAGAAAACAAACCUCUUCCUACACACUUCAAGCAAGAUAAAACAAAAUAUGGGAAAGGACUGGUUUAUUUAGGCAAAAAUCUCUAUCUUUUAUUACAAAGAGAAAGCCAUGUAGCACUGUAAUCAAUGCACCAAUGAGAGAGAGUUGAGUUGAAGAGGAGGGACUGUAAAGACAAAGAGGAAACCACCGUGGCCCACAGCAUAACCUGUGCCCCGACAGACAUGUCACUUUACAAGUCUCUUCACAGUCAUGACACAAGGUAGCUCAUCGUUCUCCAGGGAGAAUAUUCACUAAACACCUGACCUCUGAUAAACUUACUACAAACGUCAGAUAUGAUCCGAAUCAUCAAUACUCAAUACUUCCACUUCCUGCAGCAGGCAGAUACCUUCCGGCGCUCAGGGCUGCUCUGUGAUGCCAUCAUCUCAGUAAAGAAUCAAACUUUCAGGGCUCAUCGUCUUGUAUUAGCCUGUGCUAGUAGAACUUUAGCACAGCAGCUAGCCCAGGGAGACACAGACAGCCCGGUCCACUGCACCCUGGAGUAUUUUUCACCGCACACGUUCCAGCAAAUUCUGGACUUCACCUAUGCUCAAGCUCUUGAGGUGUCUGUCGAUGAUCUGGGCCUGCUGCUGAGGGCUGCUCAGCUGCUGGAGAUGCAGCCGCUGGAGGACCAGUGCCGCAAGCAGCUGGACACGCUCGUCUGCGAAGUCAGAGAGGAGGAUCAAAGUGAAGAGACCCUAGACAUCAAAGCAGAAAAGGAAUGCGCGGAGGAGAAAGAUCAGAAGCAAAAACGAAGUCCUGUGCAUGAUGAAAAACUCCAAAAGGCCGCUUCCCCGGAGGAGAAAGGAAGAGUUAGCGUUGCCGCUGAAAUACUUUCACCCUCUGAUCCACCUAAGAACCACAACAGUCCACCAUCCCCAAGAAGGAAGCCCCGAUUGUCCCCUGUGUCUGCAGCUUUCUACAACCGAGACAGUGUUAUUACCAAACCUAGCACCAGCACUUCCUCUUUCUCUUCCCCUUGGACUUUCUCUACAAACAUGUGGGACUCUGUGAGCACCCUUAGGCGAAUAGCAGAAAACUAUUCAAAUUUAAUUGCGACUCACCCCCUUCAGUCCGCAAACCAGUCUGCUGUAGCCUACCCAUUCUCCCUCUCCACUUCCCCCCACAUGAUCCCCAUACUGGGUCCCCAUUUUCAAACUCCAGUUCAGAGCUCUGUCAUCGGCUGCUCGGGCUUCCAACCCCGUUAUACGCAGAACAUUUACAGUGGCAGUACACGGAUGGGCAGCAUAAUUAAACAAGGCCUGUUAAAAAGAAAGAAACCCAGCCAGAGAGCAUUCGCCGGGACUGUUCAAGCCGGUGAAACAAGUUACCCUGAAGUUCCCAAAGCCAGCACGACGAGAGCUAAAGACUGCCAGCACUGCAGUGGAAGUCUCCUUGACGAUCCAGUGCUGCGGGAGUCAGCCUCCACACAAAUAGGUAAAACUUGUGCAGGAUGUCGAUUCUGUGGAAGAGGAGAUGGGGCACAGCAUGAGCCUGACAUGCGAGGAGACCACAGAGGAGAAAAACCUUACCAGUGCCAACACUGUCCCAAGAAGUUUAGUCUGAAACAUCAGCUAGACACACACCACCGAGUCCACACCGGAGAGAAGCCCUUUGAGUGUCGUCUGUGCGGCCAGCGCUCGCGAGACUACUCUGCCAUGAUCAAGCACCUGCGGACACACGGCGGGGCAGCGCCUUACCAGUGUACCGUGUGCCUGGAGUUCUGCAGCAGCCUGGUGGCCAUGCAGAGGCACGUCAAGACCCACGCAGUGCAGGACUUCCCCCCUGACUGGAGCAUCAGCAGCACCUACUUGUACAUCUCCCAUAUCUGAGCCGCUCCUCAAGGCACAGAUGCCUACUGUCCAAAGUUCUCCUUAGGCGUAGCUUUAGUUUUUUCUUCUCAUGUAUGAUUAUCAUCAUACUCGUUUGAAGUACCAAUAAUACAUGAGCACAAACUGGGCCUGUUGUGGGUGUAGCAAUAACGUCUUACUGAAACUGUUCCACAUUCACGACAAACUGGGGGAGAAAAAAAGCAUCACUAAUUUGCGAUGGCAUGUCAGAAAAAGUAUUGAAAGUGAUUACCGGGCAUUAAAACCACAUCUCACACUCAUGAAUGACGCAGGCUUCUUCCCUCUGACUUUCAUAAUUAUUGGAGUGGUUGUGUAAGCCUUGCAAGUUUGACCCAGGUUUAUAGCACCCUCAGGAGGACAAACACUGUAACUUUAUUUCCCUUCUCUCUCGCUCCGUCUCCCCCUCCACCAGUGUUCAUAUAUGCAUUACUCUGCCUAAAUAGGACCAGAGGCUCAGAUGUUAUAUUUACAGACAGACUUUAGGAAAGUUUUUAUUAACUGCCGAAACAUUUAAACAGUUUACAUUCACUGAUCCAGUUUUGUGUUGGUGUGUUAUGAUGUGUUAUUUAAUGCGAUGAUGUGUGUUUAAUUAAAGUUUUAUUAUAUUAUUUUGUCCCUUCAAACAGUGACUUUUUUUCAGGUCCUGUGUUAUUUUCCUUUAAGCAGAAGUAUUUCAGCCAAAGUUUGUGCAGUAAAAUAAAGAUGGUGAAAGUGAACUCUAAUGAAUUAAGAGAAUAAAGGCACUUGACAUCUCAUUAAUGUGCUGCAGUUCAACGUGUGGGUCAGGUAGUAAUAAAUAAAUCAAUGUUUGA